CCAAAUAUCGUCUGUGCGUGUCGUUAAAACGCGCCCACACCUCAGUGCGCGAGCUCUUGGACUAUUCGCUUUAUCGAGGACGUUUGCACGACCGCGCUCGGAGCCGUUUCGACAAAAGCCCGUGGGUCGUUACGAGCGUCCUCGCCCGCUGUUCGCCGUCGCCGCCGAUUCCGCGCCCCUCGCCGACUUCGUUGUGGCCCGUCGCUGCAUGUGGUUGAGCCGGCCCGUUCAGCCCGGCAUCGUCCCCAUCGGCCUGGCCGAAGCACGCCAACCAGAGCUGGGCGGCGGGCGUGUGGAUGCGGCGCCGUCCCCGCUGUCGCGGCGCGCUCGACCCCGCCGACGACCGAAGAGGUAGCUGCCCGGAGCCGCCGACCUGGCACCUUGGGGUCGCCGAGCCUCGAAUGCUUCCUGGACACGUCCCCGGGCAGUCAUCUCUUCUCCAGUAAACGCGUCAUCGAACUCGGCGGACAGACCUUCUCGAUUAUAUAUCAAGCCGUGAGCCCGGUGACGCUGGCCCCGUGGACUGGUGCGGCCGGGUGUCCCGUGCCAGCGGCUCGGCUGGCGCUGUCAUCCCGCUGAGCGGCGACGAAGACGAAGAGCACGGCCUGCAGGGGGAGCGGCGCUGAGCGGCGGUCAUGCCGGCUGCCGACCGCGGCAGCAUCGCCGCCGUGCCGCCGGGCUUCUGGACGCGGCCACGGGUGAUCAAGGCGGACGAGAUCGCACGCAGGCUGUUUCAGGCCAGGCUUUGACGCGUGAAGCCAACAUAGCCCAGCAACAGCGCGCCACCGCCGAGGAGCGAGCUUCGGCGCGGCGUCAGAGCCUGUGUCCAGUGGUUGCGGGCCCUCUUGUUCCGACCAACGCGAAGCGUUCGCCAGUCGGCGCGUGCCCAAGCUUGCCGACGCGCGCCAGUGGUUUGGCCUUUAGGCGUCCGUUGCUGCGUCGAAGAAGUCGGACAUUCCCCAGGGGUCUCGCUCGGAAGGCAGCCGACGAGAUGCUCAGCCUGGCAGCGAGCCACUGCCGCGUGGGCUUCGUGGACCGGCCCGGCUUGCGGCCGAGCAAGGAGAGCGACGCCGGCGUGGCCAUCAUCGAGCUUCCCCCGGCGGUGAUGUCCGCGCACGGCGACCUCCCGGCGGCCGGCGACGUCGCGCUGCCGGGCAGCGGCGGCUCGAGCGAGCGACUCGACGUGAAGGACGAGGAAGAACCGGAGAAGAGCGAAAGACUGUGUGUCACGUGUGCCCAGGUCUUUCUACCUUUCCUCCUGGCUGGCAUGGGCUCCGUGGCGGCCAGCCUUCUGCUAGACCACGUCAAGGGCUGGCCCGUGUACGUGGCGUACCGGGAGCUGUUCGUGCUGGUCCCGCCCCUCCUGGGCCUCAACGGAAACCUCGAGAUGACUCUGGUGGCACGCAUGAGCACGCAGAUUCACACAGCCAUCUUCAAGCCUGGCGAAGAAAAACACGGCGAAGUUAACCUUGACCGGCUCAAUACGAUAAAAAGCCAGCUUCGACAAGCUGCAGCCAACAUGGCUCUCUUACAGUGCCAGUCGACGGUGGUGGCGCUGGUGGCAUGCGGGCUGGCCCUGGCCAAAGGCUUGGCGCGCCACGGCAGCGGUAUCACCCCGCUCUACGCUUGCAUGCUUUGCGCCUGCGGACUGGCCGCUGCCAACGUGGCCAGCAUGGUGCUCGGGGCGUUCAUGACGACCGUGGUGUUGGUGGCGCGGCGGUGCGGCCUGAACCCGGACAACGUGGCGGCGCCCAUCGCCGCCUCGCUGGGCGACCUGACGACGCUCACGCUGCUCUCGACCAUCAGCUCGAGGCUGCUCGUCUGGAAAGACUCGCCCUUAAUGACUCCGGGCGUGGUGGCGCUGAGCCUUCUGCUGCUGCCCUUAUGGUUCUUCUUGGCCUUCAAGCACGAAAACACGCGCUCCGUGCUCAAGGUCGGAUGGCCGCCCAUACUGGCCGCUGUGAUGGUAUCCAGCUUCGGUGGCUACAUCCUGGACUUUUCCGUGGUUCGUUUCGAAGGCAUCGCUCUUCACCUCUCCGCUGUAAACGCCGUGGGCGGUAACCUGGCGGCCAUCUACUGCUGCCGACUGUCGACGUUCCUGAGCCGGCGCGUGGACCUGGGCGUGCUGCCGCCCGAGGACGCGUCCCGCUGCGCCAACCCGCUGGUGCUGUUCGCCGGUGACUCCGAGGUGGGCCGUGUGGCGCGCAUCCUGCUGCUGGUGGUCAUCCCGGGCCAGCUCAUCUUCCUCACCGCCACUGACUUGCUGCGAUACGGCACGUUCAACGUGACACCCCUGUUCGGAUGUCUCUACGUACUCGUCGCACUCGUGCAGGUGGCCAUCCUGUUGUUCCUGUCCCGCUCGCUGGUCUACUGGCUGUGGUGGUGGCGCGUGGACCCGGACAACGCGGCCAUCCCUUUCAUCACGGCCGCUGGAGACUUCACCGGCACGGGGUUGCUGACCGUCGCCUUCUUUGCCCUGGAGUCCGUCGGGGACCCCGCCGUCGCCGGUUGACGGCCCGCUGGGCGGGCUGGCUGGCGCCACACGCCGCUUGUACUCGGCACCCGAGACCGGCUUAGCCGCAGCGAGGCACCCAUGACUGCACACGGCCGCAGAAGACGCUCGCCGGUCUCCCUCCCGUCCUUGCAUAUGAGACAGCGAACUGCCGCUGUCGGAACGAACCCUGCCCCCUGGAGGGUCCUCCCACCUCCCUGACGCUCAAGGCACCGAGAGAAGCUAGUCGACGCAGCUUGCCCGCCAGGGCUGUACCUGUCCACGACAUGCCGGCCCUGGGAUGGGAACGCAAGGUCACCCCACGAAAGCAGGAGCUGGGCGUCUCCGGGUUUUCAGUACCUUUUCUUGAUGACUCCGAACAGCGCAAUAAAUAAGUGUCCACAGCAGUCAA